AUGAUGAACGACUCAGCACCGGAGCUCAGCAGAAGGAAACGCGUGGCGAGAGGAGCAUUCAAGAACAUCGAGGGAGUAGUGAAGAAAGCAAAGAACACCCGGCUCUGUGCUUACCUUUCACACUCCGCGUUCUUUCCUGCAUUGGCAUACCAGAGACUUGGACUCUACAAAUGCAGGAUGAGCGUGCAGUGGCAUCAUUCAGCGCGUUAUGGAAAGGACGAUGCUUGGAAUUCCCUUCUACACACAAGUGCAGAGUGGGCUCCGGAGUUCACACCUCCAUCAACGAACGAAAUUCAGGAAUGCCAUUGUUUGCGCCAUGAAAUCAGGUGGGCUGGGCACGUCAUGCGAUAUCGUGAUGACCGUUGGACCACGGGAGUUACAGUCAAGGACCGUGCGAUUCACGCGUGA